UCAGUUCAUAACAUCUAUAAGUAGAACUAACUAGUGUGCCCCGCAUCUUCCUUCCAAAAUAAUACACAUCUCCAAAUAAAAAGAACUACUCUCUCCAACGCAACAAAUCAUAUUAAUAUAAAAGAAAAAAGCACAUCCUUCUCACCACCAGAUUCCCAAAAACAAAAAUACCCCCUUUCCAAAAGACAAGGCAUCAUGGCUUUGAGUAAUAACGUAACAGCUUUCUUAAACUUCUUGGCAUUCAUGUGUUCCAUCCCUAUAAUCGCAUCAGGGACGUGGCUGGCUUCAAAGCCUGAUAACGAAUGCAUCCACUGGCUCCGAUGGCCAGUCGUCUUCAUUGGAAUCGCCAUCAUGUUGGUUUCCUUGACUGGUUUUAUUGGAGCUUACUGGAGAAAAGAAGGCCUUCUAGGUGUCUACUUGGUGUGCAUGGCCCUUCUCAUUUCCCUUCUCCUCGUACUCCUCGUACUUGCCUUUGUAGUAACGGGGCCCACUGGGGCUUAUAUGGUGCCUGGAAGGGCUUACCAUGAGUACAGGCUUGAAGGGUUUUCUUACUGGUUGAGGGAUCACAUUACUGGGCCUGAUAAUUGGGGGAAUAUUAGGGCAUGUUUGGCUGAUUCUGGUAUUUGUCCUAAGCUUAACAAUGAGUAUGUCACUGCUCAACAGUUCUUUGCUGCUGAUCUCUCCCCUAUUCAGUCUGGAUGUUGUAAGCCUCCAACAAUUUGUGGAUACCAGUAUAUGAACCCAACCCUAUGGAUUAACCCAACAAAUGCAAUAGUAGAUGCUGAUUGCUCCAUCUGGAACAAUGACCCUAGCCAAUUAUGCUACAAUUGUGAUUCUUGCAAAGCUGGCCUACUGGGAAAUCUCAGAAAAGAAUGGAAGAAAUCUGAUCUCAUUCUCAUCAUAACUUUGGUGAUUCUCAUAUGUGUUUAUCUCAUUGGUUGUUGUGCUUACAAGACUACUGUAACUAAAGCAAAUUCCAAAGGUCACAAAUAGUUUUAGCCUUCAGAUCAAGAUGUUACAAUCGAACAAUAGUUCGAUUGUUUUCUUUUUCCUAGUAACUUUAGGCUAAGGGAAAAAUAUGAUGGUUUUGGCAUGUAUUAUUUUUGUUUUCUGAUUUGAAUUGCUAGUUUUCUCAUCAAGGAUUGUACAUUUUCCUUUGCACCAUAUUAUAUGACUUCAUGGGUUUGUGUUA